AUGUUAAAUACAUCAGCAGGUAUUUCCUACGCUUAUAAUAUGAAUCAUUCAAAUCUUGGAAUUUUGCCGUUAAUGAUUGCCCAUUUUACUUGGUUACAUAUUCAUGGUAUGUUAAUCAAAAAUUAA